AUGGCGGCGGCCGCGUCCCGGCGCCCGGCUGAGGGCAGGGUGACCUUUAAGGAUGUGGCCCUGUACUUCUCCUCAGAGGAAUGGGAGCUCCUGGAUGAGGCUCAGAGAUGCCUGUACCACGAUGUGAUGCUGGAGAACUUGACACUGAUAACCUCCUUGGGUUGUUGGCAUGGAGCCCAGAAUGAGGAGGCCCCUUCUGAGCUCAGAAAUUCUUUACAAGGAGUGUCAGAGGUCAGGACUCCCAAGGCCGGUGUGUCUCCCCUGGAGGCCCAUCCUGGUGAGCUGUGUGGUGUGGAUGUGAGAGACAUUUUGCACUUCACUGAGCACCCGGGAACGCAUCAUGGGGAGAAACUGUACAAGAUGGGGGCAUGUGAGAAACAGUUGGAUAUGAGCACAGAACAUGAGCAUCAGAAGCAGCUCACAGGAGAGAUGUGCUUCAGAGGCCACAAGGAGAGAGCCUCAUUUGUAAAAGACUGCAAAUUCUGUGUGUCUGGGAAGCCUGGUUCCUAUGAGGAGGUUUUGACGGAUUUCCUGGCCAGCUCAGGAUUUCUCCAUCAUCUGGCCACUCACACCAGGGAAAAGUCAAACAGGGAAACGGAGUGUGCCGUGGACUCCCACAAUGGAAAAUCUCUAUCUGAUCCAGAAUACUCUAAAGAUUUUAAUUGCAAAUGCAGGCUUGUUCAAGACCAGAGACUCCUCACCCGAGAAAGAUGCCACAUGAACAAUGAAUGUGGAAAAUCGUAUGGCAAAAGCUACAGUCUUAAUGACCAUUGGAGAGUUCACACUGGGGAAAAGCCUUAUGAGUGUGGGGAAUGUGGGAAGUCCUUUAAGCAAAACUCUAGCCUCAUUCAACACCAGAGAGUUCACCCUGGAGUGCGGUCUCACAAUUGUGAGUUAUGUGGAAAAUUAUUUAGCAAAAAGUCCAACCUCAUUAAACAUGGAAGAAUCCACACUGGAGAAAAGCCUUAUGAGUGUGGGGAAUGUGGGAAGUCCUUUAGCCAAAGCUCUGCACUCCUUCAACACCGGAGAGUUCACACAGGAGAGAGGCCUUAUCUGUGCAGUGAAUGUGGGAAGUUCUUUACCUACCAUUCCAAUCUCAUAAAACAUCAGAAAGUUCACUCUGGAUCCAGACCCUAUGCCUGCAGCGAAUGUGGGAAACGUUUUAGCCAAAGCUCUGUGCUGCUUGAGCAUCAGAGAAUUCACACUGGAGAAAGGCCUUAUAAGUGCGAUGAAUGUGGAAAAUUUUUCACUUACAAAUCUAGUUUCUUAAAACACCAAAGAGUUCACACUGGGGAAAGGCCAUAUGAGUGCAGUGAAUGUGGGAAAUUUUUUUCUUGCAGCUCUAGUCUCAUUAAACACAUACGAAUUCACACUGGAGAAAGGCCUUAUGAGUGUAACCAGUGUGGGAAAUCUUUUAGACAAAGCUUUGUACUUUCUCAGCAUCGGAGAAUUCACACUGGAGAAAGGCCUUACCAGUGCAGUGAAUGUGGGAAAUUUUUUACUUACAGCAUUAGUCUCUUAAAACACCAGAUCUCACACCAGAGAAAGGCCUUAUGA